AUGGGGACUUGCCCGAUCAAAGUAUGGUCCAAUAUGCCAACUCUGAAGAAUCCAACUGAACCUGCAAUGCCCAUGGUGGUAUCCCUCUAUGACAUCCCCUCCCAAGGUCCCUUGGAAUCCAGCAUCCAUAUAGGGGAGAGGCUCACGGUGUUAUUAGACGAUGGGGAUUUUUGGGUGGUGCGAUCCACAACGACAGGCAAUGAGAGUUAUAUCCCCAGCAACUACACUGCCAAAGUAAUUAACAGGUGGCAGUAUAAUGGCAUCAGCAGGUUGAAUGCAGAGGAGCUGCUGCUGCUGCCACACAAUCACACAGGGGCUUUCCUGAUCCGAGAGAGUCAGACAAACACAGAAACCUACUCCCUCUCAGUCCUUGUGAAGAUGGACUCAUAUCUGGCCACAGUGAAACACUACCGCAUCUGUCGCCUCCAAAACGGCUGGUUCUACAUCUCCCCCAGCCUCACCUUCUACUCCCUGGGCCAAUUAGUGGAACACUACUCUGAGUCAGCAGAUGGGUUGUGCUGUUUACUGAGGGAGCCUUGCAUCAUCCAAGGCUCAAACCAAAGUACCCUGACCACCAGACCGUAUCCCAAAGCUAUCAGGAGGCCCACACUCAACUGGAAUGACGUAGACAGUUCAAUGAUCUUCAAUAAGGCCAGAGUGGAUUCAGAGGACUCUCUAGUGAGCGAAGGUCUGAGGGAGGCCGUCAGCUCAUACCUCUAUAUGACAGAGGCCAGCUGCCAGAACUGUGGCAAACACUGGGAUACAUGA